GAGGUCGGGAAAAGGUCGUGUUUUGGGUUUACAGCAUAAGCAAUGGCUUCUAUCAGAUGGUUAAUGGGUAGCCGGUUGUCUCGGUUCGUUUGUCCGUUCGCUCAGCUCGUGCGGCAGCCGGUGUUGCGGUAUGUGCGGCCUCCGGUGCGCGCGCUUCACCGGGGGAGCGUUCGCCGGGCGGCGGAGAAAAACCCGCUAAACAGUAGAGCACGAGCAGUGGAGCAGCAGUACAUCACAGAACUAGAUAAAGCUGAUGCUCUGAUGCUGCGAAAGUCACAUGAAACAGGAUUUUUGUCCUGGUUCCGGAAUGGUCUGCUGGCGACAGGCAUCGGCGUUAUUGCCUUUGUGCAGAGUGAUGUGGGCAGAGAGGCUGGAUAUGCGUUCUUCAUCUUGGGCGGGAUGUGUGUGUCAUUCGGUGGAGCGUCAUAUGUGACCAGUCUUCUUUCUCUGAGAAGGAUCAUGCUUCUGUCUCUGCCAGCAGUGCUGCUCCACACGGCUGUGGUGUCCAGCGCUGCCCUCUUCUGGCUGUGCGCAGUAUCGCUCUACAUCGGCCGGCUGGAGGUGGAGAUCAUCCACGACGAGGAUGAUGAAGAGCACGGAGCAGACGAAAGCAGCGAGUGUGCCGAAUGCAGGGCCCGACGCGACAGAGAAAAAGGCCAGGACAAGUGAGGAUUCAAAGUCAGCUAGGCCAUCUCCACCAAUCCAGAACCAGACUUCUGUGUUCACAAACUGACUUAAAAGAGAGAAGGUGGAACUGG